ACCUUUGUACCAUUGAAUCAGUCAUUCCAUUGGUUUAGUAACUGGUUCGGUUCUCGCAACUUUGUUUUGGACGUUGUUCAUAGUUUUGUGAAUUUCAAAAUUUAAUUUUGCAUACUAGAUUUUAAAGGUUUCCAAACAUAACUACAUAAGAAUUCCUCUGAGAAAUGAAUCCUAUUCAGUUCUAUUCAAUAUUCCAUAAAAGAGAAACAAAGAAAGAAAACAAAAGUGGAGAUUAAGUAAAUUAAUGAAGAAUAGAGGUGUAUUUCUCUUGCAGGGAUCAACCACUGUCUUGUAACUUGGCGUAAGAAAAGGUGAAGAAUAGUGAAUUCUAACGUGUGAAGAUGUCCGCGCUAUUCAAUUUCCAUUCGUUCCUUACUGUGAUACUACUUGGAAUAUGUGCCUGCACUUACUUCAAGAUGCAGUUUCCAGCAGUCCUUGAACAAAGAACUGGAUUUCGUGGGUUCUUUUGGAAGGCGGCAAGAAUAGGGGAACGAUUAAGCCCGUGGGUAUCCGUAGGUUGCUUUAUGAUGGGUGUUUCAAUAAUCUUCUUCUGAGCUACAUUAUACCUCUAAUCAGUGGUAGGUUUUCUCUUUUAAACAUACAAAUAUCGGUGGUCACGAAAUUGAUAUUCUUGCUUAAUGUGUAAUUUUAUUCCCCAUCAAAGUUUUUAAGAGUUCCCUAAACCAUAUAGUGACUUGUAAGGCUGUGUUGUUUUCUGUAUAAUAAUGUUCAUAAUUCGACAGCUGUAAUCUUUUUUGUAACUCUGACAUGUUAAUUGUUUAAUGUUAAAGAAAUUGAAUCUUAAUCUGA